UCAGAUACAGAUUAAAAAGUAACGAAAAUUUGGACAAAGAACUUUUACAAAAUAUAGAAAAUAUUAUGAGAACUUCAAACGCAUACACAAAAUCUUACAUGAUGAUGUCAGAAGUAAUUAAAAUAGAAACUGAAUUAGCAAGACAAAAUAAUGAAGAUGUUCCAGAGUUACAACUAUUGUUCACGUUGAAAAAAGGUUUUGAUAAAAAAAGAUAUAAUUAUCAAAGUUACAAUGAAGUUGCUGCUAUUUUCAAUACAAACUCAGAAGGAGAAAUACCAGAAUCUUAUGUAACAGUUUAUAAUAAGUCUACAAAGGAACUGAAAUCAGUUAGUAAUUUAGAUCCGAAUGUUGAACCAUGGAUCUAUCCCAUAUUUUAUCCACUUGGAAAUAAAGGUUAUAAUAUUAAUAUGCUUCGUAGUGAUAGUGAUUUUAGAAGUAAAAAACAUAAUAUUUCUAGGUCUGCCUAUUGUAAAUACAAAAUUGCUAUAAGAGAUAAGGAAUUUAAUCAAUUUUUAUAUGGGGGAAGAUUGUUUCAACAAUGGGUAGUUGACAAUUAUGUAAAAAUAGAGAAAGAUAGAUUGCAAUUUUGUGCAAACAAUCAAGCUCAAUUGAGAAGUGAAACAUAUCAAGGAUUAAUCGAUUAUUUACAAAAUAAUGAGUUAGAAAAUGAUGUACAUGUUGGAAAAAUGCUUAUAUUGCCUUCCACUUUUAUAGGAUCACCUCGUAAUAUGAUGCAACAAUAUCAGGAUGCCAUGGCUAUUGUUGGUCGUCAUGGUAGACCAGAUUUAUUUAUUACAAUGACGUGUAAUCCAAAUUGGAAAGAGAUACAAGAAAAUUUAUUACCUCAUCAAACUGCUUCUGAUAGACCUGAUAUAGUAACUAGAGUUUUUGCAUUGAAGGUGAAACAACUUUUAAAUGUUAUUGUUGACAACAAAUUAUUUGGAGAGGUUAAGUCUUAUGUUUAUGUUAUUGAAUUUCAAAAGCGAGGAUUACCACAUAUUCAUUUGUUAGUUAUAUUAAAAGAAAAUUCUAAAAUAUUAACAGUUGAAAGUGUUGAUCGUUAUAUUUCUGCAGAAAUUCCUGAUGAAAAUAUCAAUCCUUCCUUGCAUAACAUAAUAAUGCAAAAUAACAUUCACGGACCUUGUGGAGAUUGGUGUUUAAUUGAUGGUAAAUGUUCAAAAAAUUUUCCAAAAAGUUACCAAGAAGAAACUACAAUUGAAGAAAACUGUUAUGUUCGUUGUCGUUGA